AAAUGACCACAGCAUAAAAGAUUGCCGAAAUUGAGGCCGAAAUGAUGAGGACCCAAAAAAACAAGGCCACAUCAUACCAUUUAGGAUUGUUGAAGGCUAAAUUGGCUAAACUCAAGAGAGAAAUGAUUGAUUCCUCCUCUAAAAAGGGUGGUGGCACUUAAGAAGGAUUUGAAGUUUCUAAGAGUGGAGAUUCUCGUAUUGGUAUGAUAGGAUUUCCCUCGGUGGGCAAGAGUACGCUGCUUACUAAACUGACAGGAGUGUUUUCUAAAAUUGCAGCUUAUGAAUUUACAACUCUGACAUGCAUACCUGGAGUAGAGAUUAUUCAAUAUUUUAAUAGGUGUUACAACACAAGGGUGCCAAAAUCUAAUUGCUUGAUUUGCCAGGAAUUAUCGAGGGUGCUAAGGAUGGCAAAGGUCGAGGUAAACAGGUUAUUGCUGUGGCUCGUACUUGCAAUUUAAUUUUGAUUGUGUUGGAUGCCACAAGACCUAUGGUUCAUAAAAAAAUCAUUGAAAGAGAACUUGAAGGAUUUGGCAUCAGAUUGAAUAAAUAACCACCAUAAAUAGAAUUCAAGAAACGAGACAAAGGAGGUAUUACCAUUUCUAGAACACAUGAUGCUCCAAGAUUAGAUGAUGAAACAAUAAAAGUAUUUACCUUGUUAUUAAUAUCAAAUAGGCCAUCUUACGUGAAUACAAGAUCAACAAUUGUGACAUCAAUCUUAAAUGUGAUGCUACCGAUGAAGACUUGAUUGAUAUUAUUGAAGGCAAUCGUAAGUACAUCCCAUGCCUUUACGUAAUGAAUAAGAUCGACGAUAUCACUUUGGAAGAACUCAAUGUUUUGGACAAGAUUCCACAUUACGUGCCCAUCUCUGCCUUUUUGGAAUGGAAUUUGGAUGAAUUAGUGGAAAGAAUUUGGGAUUACUUAGAUCUGAUUCGUAUUUACACCAAACCAAAAGGAUUAGAACCAGGUAUAUAUAAUCAUAGAUUUGAAUAGAUUACAAUGCUCCUGUUAUUUUGCAAAGAAAGUUUUCAACCAUCACUGACUUUUGUAAUAAGUUACAUAAAAGCAUGAUUAAGGACUUCAGAUAUGCACUAGUAUGGGGAGCUAGUGUGAAAUACAAUCCACAGAAAGUAGGAAAGGAUCAUUAAUUAUUAGAUGAAGAUAUUGUUUAAAUUGUUAAAAAAAUCUGAAGUUAAUAAUAAAUUUA